AAAAGGAUCGUUGUUCCCACAUUCAAGUAUAAUGAUUUUUGAUUUUUGCUGGUAAGACUUACUUUGUGUUGAUAGCUUGGACGACGUCUCAAAUCACGAAAUCUGAGCACUCUUACAUACCCUGUAAUUAUCACCACCUUGCAAUCUUUUCCAUAUCCCGAGUUUCUAUCCAAUUCAUAGCUAAUAAAUGCGUUAGAAAAACUUCGUUCAUCGAUCUCUAAUUCUCAUACUCUCUCCACAGGCCUCGCAUAUCUCAUCAUGCCUAAUCGGUAAAUCAUCCUUCCUCAUCUUCGUCUUCAUCAAAACAAUACAAAUCCUGAAUUCCUAAUUGACAUAUCCAGAAGUACAAACGGCUCAAGCAAACCCGCCACAAAAAAGAUCCCUUCAAAAGUCUGCUCAUCGAAAUCACGAGGCCGAGUCGUCACAUCUCCUGGGACUUCAGAGGACGAGGUUCGCAAUGUCAGCAGCGAGAGAAGAUCGUCUGAUUUAGAAAAUUCUAAAGGUUCUACUUGCUCGGGGGAUUGUGGAAAGAUUGGUGGAUGUGGGAGGAAAGAGAAGAGUGUUAGUUUGGAGUUUUAACUUUGAGUACUGGAGAAUGAGGGAAGGGGCGAAUUUGGAGUGGAAUUUUGGUGGGAACCUGAUGAAUUAGAGAUGAAUUAUAUGGCGGAGGAACAAAUUUGGGUUUCUGAUUGCAUUGUGCGUUUUAGGUAUUUGGAGUUCUAGCUUUGGAGAGGAAGGUGGGCGGGCGUUUUGAGAUUUUGCUUCUUUGGUAUUGAUAGAAAGAAUGGAAGGGUCUGUUGAACCAUCAAAGUUGCAAAAAAACUCG